AUGAGAAAAUACCUUGCUGGAAGAUGUUAUCAAAGUAUUGUUAUACUCCAUGCUAAAGUUGCACAAAAAUCGUACGGUAACGAGAAACGAUUUUUUUGCCCGCCACCUUGUGUCUAUCUAAAAGGAGAUCGCUGGAAAUUAAAUCGUCGUUAUAUAAAAACAAAUUGCCAAAAUAAUUCAGUCAAUGGACACAAUGAUUCCACUCACCUACGAGCAUUUAUCGGUAUCGGGAAUAGUGAUCAAGAAAUGCAACCUUUGUCUAUUGAAGAAAACGGCUACGGCGCAGCUAAAGCUCUUUAUAUCUCUGAUCAAGAUAAACGAAAGCAUUUUCAACUAUCUGUCAAAUUGUAUAAUAUGGAUAAUAAUCAAAUUAUACGUGACAUAGGAAUUUUUAAUUCUAAAAGGAUCAAAGUUAUAUCUAAACCAUCUAAGAAGAAGCAGUCACUGAAAAAUGUUGAUUUAUGCAUACCAUCGGGCUCUCAAGUUGCUUUAUUCAACCGCCUUCGAUCACAAACUGUCAGUACCCGUUACUUACAUGUUGAUAAUGAUGUCUUUCACGCAAGUAGCCAACAAUGGGGCUCUUUUACGAUCCAUCUAUUGGAUAGCAAUGAGGACGAAGGUGUAGAAUUUACUACUCGUGAAGGCUAUAUCCAGUAUGGAUCGACAGUUAAAUUAGUUUGUACUGUGACUGGUUUAGCAUUGCCUAGAUUAGUAAUCCGCAAAGUAGAUAAACAAACUGCAUUAUUAGACGCUGAUGAUCCUGUAUCGCAAUUACAUAAAGUUGCAUUCUAUAUGAAAGAUACAGAAAGAAUGUAUCUAUGCUUAUCACAGGAACGGAUUAUCCAAUUUCAAGCUACACCCUGCCCUCGCGAGCCCAAUCGAGAAAUGAUUAAUGAUGGCGCUUCAUGGACUAUUAUUAGUACAGAUGAAGCGGAGUAUAAGUUUUACGAAGCAUUAGGACCCAUCGAUUCUCCAGUUACACCUGUUCCUGUUGUUCACUCAUUACAAGUUAUAGGUGGUGGUAAUGGAGCAUCAUUAGAAUUAACCGGCAGUAACUUUUCUGACAAUCUUAAAGUCUGGUUUGGAGAUGUUGAAUCAGAAACUAUGUACAGAAAGUAUCAUUGCAUUGUACCUGAUAUUGGUUCAUUCCAUGGCGGUUGGCAAUUUGUAAGACAACCAACCAAGGUACCAGUAACCUUAGUACGUUCAGAUGGCGUGACAUAUACCACUGGAUUUAAUUUUACUUAUACACCUGAACCUGGUCCUCGCUCUGUAAAUGAAACAAACGUUAAUAAUCAAUCAAAUGGAAUAGUCAAUGUAGAAAAUGAAGAAAUUACUAAUACCUCACAGUUUUCUGACUGUUCACUAUUACCUAUAAUUUAA